UUUAUUCAUCUGACUGGCAUCAUGGAUCCCUUUUAUUCAGACGGGUCUCAGGGCGUCUCAUUAAUGCACUCAUCCUCAUCCCCUCGAAAAUCGGAGAAGAAGAAAAAGUGCUGCUGCGACUGCGAAUCGCGCAGUAUCCAGACUUACAUCAUGAUAAUAGCCAAUGCUUUCUUCCUAUUGGCUGGUAUUCUUCUAAUUGUGGUUGGAUGUCUCUCAUUGGCGCAUAGAGAUUACUAUGGAAACUUCCUAUCGGGAGCUACAUAUGGAUUCGUGACUUGGACUCUCGUGUUUGUGGGCGUUUUCGUGGUUAUCGUGUCACUGUUUGGCCUGUAUGCUGCAUUUAAAGAGGGAAAACUUCUGCUUAAAAUAUACGCAGUGUUGGUGGGUGUGGUGAUCGCAAUUGAGUUGUCAGUGGUGAUAGUGGCACUAGUGUACAGGGGGAAGACCUACAGGAAACUGGAGUCCCACUUCAACAGCACAAUAGUCAACCAGUACGGGUCAAAUGGUGACGUCACCAAAGCACUGGACCAGCUACACCAAGACCACCAGUGCUGCGGCGUGAACUCAUUCAUGGACUGGCAGUAUUCCUCCUGGGUUCAGAACCAGAACAGAGGCAAAUCAGCCGACGACGGGGACGAGAUGUUUGUUCACGUGCCCGACUCGUGCUGCAAGACAGUGUUGGACAAUUGCGGGACUAUGAGUCACCCUAACAACCUGCACAAUCAAGGCUGUUUCAAACAAGUGGCCGAUUUCUUCGCCAGGAAUCUCUUAGUGCUGUCUUUGUGUGCGAUAUGUGUGAUACUUUUGCAAGUAAUGGCUUUAGUUUCGGCACUGGUUCUACUUAAACGAGUUCGCAAACAAGUCGUGUGGCAGUGGUAUUAAUAAAAGUCUCUAAAAUUACAGAUAGUGAUAGCAAGUUUCAGUGCCUUGUUUGCGCGUCAAAGACGGUUUAAAGUGAUAACUAUACUAUUUUUUGUC